AUGGCAUACAGGUUGGGUUCAAGCUUGGUCAUUCUCCCUCUAUGGCAUUACAAGAAGGAAGGCAUUCAGUCCAGCAGUAGUGAGUGCAAGGAUCUUGUUUAUGAAGUAAAACUGUGUGUAGAAGAUGGAAAAUGUCAGUUAAAGCUGAAUGUGUGUGUGGAUCCAGACAUGCCUCCCAGUGACAGCAGUGAACAGUGGCUGUGUGAUGUCAUAUUACACAAGAUGGCCAAAUGGAUGGAAGAGCCACCUCUUAGAAAACCCAACAUUUCAUCAUUACAACUUUUGCCAAUUGAUGCGUACAAUGAUUUGUACCAGCAUCUGAAGGAAAAAUAUGGGAGAGAACUAGUUGAGAAGUGGCCUGAAAGGACAGACCCCCAAAAAUUUGUCUUUGAAGAUGUAGCCAUUGCAACAUAUUUACUGGUCACCUGGGAAAGAGAACGUGUAGACCUGGGACUUGAGAAGAAGCAGUCUUUUGCAGAUCUUGGUUGUGGUAAUGGGCUAUUGGUGCAUAUCUUGAGGCAAGAAGGGCACCCAGGUUUUGGGAUAGAUGUCAGGAAGAGGAACAUCUGGGAUAUGUAUGGAGAUAGCAUUGAUCUCAGAGAAGCACCAAUCAUACCCUCAGAUACCAAUCUUUUUUCCAACACAGAUUGGCUUAUUGGUAACCAUAGUGAUGAGUUGACGCCAUGGAUACCAGUAAUGGCAGCAAGGUCCUCCUAUAACACCAGAUUUUUUGUGCUACCAUGUUGUCAUCAUGACUUUGACAGCAAGUUCAGUGGUAAGAAUGCAGGAGAGAGCCAGUAUAGGACGUACCUGGAUUUCAUCAAGACUGUAUGUGAAGUGUGUGGUUUUGAUGUGUUAGAAGAUGCACUAAGGAUACCAUCCACUAAACGUAUAUGUCUGAUAGGGAAAAGCAGAAGUUACACAACCUCAGAAGAGGCAAUGGUAGAUCAGAGAAUAACUGAAUACAUAAAGUCCAGGUGCAAAAAUAUGGUUGACAACCACUGCCCAAUACAAUUGACAGGUCAUAGUCAUGGAACUCCAUUGGAUUCUGAUAAUGAGCAUGCUGUCAGUGUUAAUAGGACAGGAGAUGGACAAUUACAGACUACAAAUACAACUGAUAAAUUACAGACUACAAAUACGACUGAUAAAGCUUGGGCACUCUCUUUUCAACCAAGGGCAAAAGUAGAGAAAGUUCGAAACUGUACCCAGUUGCCUCAUGAUCUGACAUCUGAGGUUGUCCAGAGGGUGUUUGAUGCUGUGCUGAAUGCAGAAGACGCUGUUUUAAUGUGUACUGAAUAUGGUCGUAACUGGUGUAAAGGAGGUGUGGUCCCACUCUCCAGUAUUGUCAGUUUACUGGGCAGUGAUAUACUGAAGAGGCUUAAAAGUGAAUGUGGUGGAGUGCAAACAUUGCUGAGAAAUCAUCAUAACAUCUUUCAAGUAAGUGGGGGAGCUGUAAGGCUUAGAUAUGAUGAUCAAGAUGGACACAAUUUACAGUAUAAUGUACCUCCACGUAAAAAACAGAAGAUCAAACAAAAGGACUUGAAACAAAAACCAGUGAAAACUAAAUUGUGUUGGUUUCAUGAUAAUCAUCCAGAUGGCUGCCCAAAGACCAGAGAACACUGCCAGUUUGCACAUGGUGCAGAAGACUUGAAUAAAGGAAGCCAGCAUGAACAAAAUUGAGUUAGUAUUUCAUUUUAAGUAUUGGUGAGAAAAAUUUCAGUGCUCUGUGCAAUAGAAUCCAUUUAUGCUUUGUACUUGAACAUACCAUCAAGUACCUCUCUUCUGCAGAGGAAUUGUCAAAGGAAAAGAAUAGUGCAGGUUACAUGAUUAUUAUUGGAUUUUUGUAAUGAACAAUUUUAUGUAAUAAAGAUAAUUUAGUUUGUCCGGAUGGUUAACCAUUUCAUUCAUUCAAUAAAUAGUUUUUAUUAUUAAGAAAAAAACUUUUUGGUAGAGGUUCAUGUACUGUUGACUUUUGCUCUUCUAAAAUAUCAUCUCAUAACCCUUUUCUGUGCAGAAUACGACCUUCCUAUACAUGAAAGAUACAUCCUCUGGUUUUAAACCGUUCAUGUUCAGCCAAAAUUGCAUGCCAGUGUGCCUCGUCCA